AUGAGUUGUUUUAAGCUCCCUAAAGGAUUGAUCAAAGAACUAGAAGUUCUUAUUAGAAAAUUUUGGUGGGGCUAUCGUGAUGAUUCAAGGAAGGUUGGUGACAAACUCAGACCAGAGCUGUUUGCAACAAUUUCAUGGAGCGUAUGGAAUAGACAUAAUGCUCUCCAUUUUGGACGUGAAGCUUUACCAAUAGUGAAGAUCAGCUCCAUUACAUGUGCUCUACUCCACAACUUCAUCAAUAGUCAAAUUCCAGAAGCUCCUCUCUCUCAACCUGCUGUUCGACAUCAGUGGUGCCCUCCAGAACAAGGAUUUGUUAAAGUGAACUUUGAUACUGCCCUCUUUAAAUACACGAACUCAGCUAGACUCGGUGUCAUCGUGCGGGAUUGGCGUGGUGUGAACCUUGGUGCUCUGUCCAUGCUUGCUAUGCUAUCAUCAACAGUUGCUGAUAUGGAAGCUCUCGCUUGCCUCAGAGCUAUCCAAUUUGCUGCUGAGCUUGAUCUUCAUCGCGUAAUAUUCGAAGGUGACUCGGCCACUAUUAUUUUUGCAAUUUCCCAAAGGACUUCAAGACUGUCCUCCUUUGGAAAUAUAGUAGAUUGUUAG